UCAGCUCCUUCAAGUGUGGGACAAGGCUGUGUUGUUUCCUGCUGUAUUCUCAGACCCUAGGAGGGCUGGCACAUGGGCCAACGCUGUCCAGCUGACGAGAAUGGAAUACGCCAUGAAGCCCCUCAGCCUCCUCUACCCCAGCUCCCUCGCCAGGUACGUGGCAGUCAGCACCUCGGUGGUGACCCAGAAGCUGCUGUCAGAGCCCAGCCCGGAGGCCCCCAGGGCCCGGCCCUGCAGAGUAAGCAGUGCUGACCGGAGUGUGCGGAAGGGCAUCAUGACACACAGCCUUGAGGACCUCCGCCUCAAGGUCCAGGAUACCCUGAUGCUGGCAGACAAGCCUUUCUUCCUGGUGCUGGAGGAAGAUGGCACAACUGUAGAGACAGAAGAGUAUUUCCAAUCCCUGACAGAUGACACCGUGUUCAUGGUCCUCCAUAAGGGGCAGAAAUGGCAGCCCCCAUCAGAGCAGGGCACUAGGUACCAGCUCUCCCUCUCCCGUAAGCCUGCCAAGAAGAUCGAUGUGGCCCGAGUAACCUUCGACCUGUACAAGGUGAACCCACAGGACUUCAUUGGCCGCCUGAACGUGAAGGCGACUCUCUAUGGCACAUACUCCCUUUCCUAUGAUCUGUGCUGCUACGGGGCCAGGCGUGUCAUGAAAGAAGCUCUCCGCUGGGCCCUCUUCAGCAUGCAGGCCACAGGCCACGUGCUGCUCGGCACCUCCUGUUACCUGCAGCAGCUCCUGGAUGCCACAGAGGGAGGGCAGCCCCCCAAGAGCAAAGCCCCAUCCCUCAUCCCGACCUGUCUGAAGAUACUGCAAUGA